CCGUCUUGAGCGCACGUCAACGUCAGCACUCGACCAUCACUCUCGUCUAGCACUAUGGCGUCCUUUGCCUUCCGUCGCGCGUCCAAGCGUGUGGCGCUCAUGGGCGCUGGUGUCGUCGGCGUCUCGGGCCUGUCGGGCGCCUCCAUCGUGUCGGCCAAGGAGCCGCAGCGGCUCGUGGCGCCCAUCAAAUGCGAGGACGGAUCGACCAUCAUUCCAUACGAGACGCCGUCGCGCGCCGCACAGCUAGAGCGCCUCAAGAAGGAGCAAUUCGACGUGCUGGUCAUCGGCGGCGGUGCCACGGGCUCUGGUUGUGCGCUGGAUGCGGCCACACGCGGUCUCAACACGGCCGUCGUUGAAGCCAGCGACUUCGCGGCGGGUACGUCUGGCCGCUCUACGAAGCUCAUCCACGGCGGUAUCCGCUACCUGGAGACUGCUUUCAUGAAACUCGACUACUCGGCCUUUAAGCUGGUGAACGAGGCGCUGGAGGAGCGCUCUUUCUUUCUCUCAGCCGCGCCCUAUAUGAACCGUCCUCUUCCUAUCAUGAUUCCAAUCUACAAGUGGUGGGAAGUGCCCUACAUGUGGGUGGGCGCUAAGGCGUACGACGUGGUGGCUGGUAGCAAGCGCUUCGUGCCCGGUAGCUACUACAUCAACGCCGAAGAAGCCAUGUUCCAGUUCCCCAUGCUGCGUAAGGAAGGUCUCAAGGGCGCUAUCGUGUACUACGACGGACAGAUGAACGACACGCGUAUGAACGUGUCUAUCGCUCUCACAGCCACACAGAAUGGCGCCACUGUCGCAAACUACGUGAAGGUGGUGCAUCUUAUCAAGGACGAUGAGGGCAAAGUACGUGGCGCUCACGUGAAGGACACGUUGACCGGCGAGGAGUGGGACGUCAAGGCUCAUGCCGUCGUCAACGCCACAGGCCCCUUCACAGACGCUGUCCGUCAGAUGGACGACCCUAAGAAGGAGAAGAUUUGCGUCCCUGCUGCUGGCGUCCACACAGUCCUACCGGACCACUUCAGUCCCAACCGUAUGGGUCUCAUCGUGCCCAAGACGAGUGACGGUCGCGUGUUGUUCUUCCUGCCGUGGGAGAAUGGAACGCUGGCGGGCACGACCGACUCGCAGUCGGAGAUCACGAUGCUGCCGUCCCCUACGAAGCAAGAAGUGGACUUUAUCAUCGAUGAGGCCAAUCGCUACCUCGCCAAGGACGUCACGCGCAACGACAUCAAGUCGGCUUGGUCGGGUAUCCGUCCGUUGGUUAAGGACCCUCGUCACGCUGGCGGAUCGACGAGUAAGAUCUCGCGUGAACACGUCGUGGAAGUGUCCGAGUCCAACAUGGUGACGAUCGCUGGCGGCAAGUGGACCACGUACCGUCGUAUGGCUCAGGACGCGAUUGACAAGCUGGUGGAGACUGUGCCAGAGAUCAAGGCCAAGGCUUCGCCUUGCAAGACCAAGGACGUGGGCAUCAUUGGAGCUGAUCGCAUUGGAGAGGUGUGCAACAAGAAGUUCGACAAGAUCACAGUUACUCUGCGUGAGAACUACAACCUGGACAAGGACGUUGCUGAGCACUUGAUGCGCAACUACGGCACGCGUGCUCUGCAGGUGGCCGAGAUCGAGCAGAGCGGAUUCUUGGACCGCAAGCGCACCGACCACCCGCGUCGGCUGCACCCCAAGUACCCGUACCUGGAGGCUGAGGUCGUGUUUGCUGUCCGACAGGAGUACGCCAUGAAGGCGACGGAUAUCCUGGGUCGUCGUAUGCGUCUAGCCUUCAUCGACAGCGGUGUGGGCAUGCAGCUGGCCCCGCGUGUAGUGCACAUGAUGGGCGAACUACUUGGUUGGUCCAAGACCCGUCGGGAGCAGGAGCUGACCGAGUGCAAGGAGUACCUGGAGACCAUGCACAACUAAGUAUUCUUUGUCCCAGGACACUACUGCUUAACACGACGAGUAACGUUAGAUCAUCUUC